UGAGCCUAUAAAUAUGACAUGCAUUGGUUGAUCAUCAUCCAUCAUCAAGCAACAACACAGUGCAGUAGACACAAGGGAUCGACGGUAGCAGUAUGAGUGUCAUGUUGUCUCUCCUCUCCUGGUUCCUCCUGGCCAUGGCUGCUGGAGGAGGCUUGCACGCAAAUUCAGCCGCCGCCGAAGUGACGAUAGCCUCAAACUCGGCUGCGGUUACCGCAUACUGGCACACAAUGCUUCCCAACACUCUCAUGCCAUCAGCCAUCCUCGAGCUCCUAGCCCCACCUGCGGGAAACGACGUCCAGAAUAGCAAAUGUGUAUGGGGACCGUCCACAACAAAUGACGUCGAGAAGAUCAACAAUGGUAAUUGGGGCCCAUCCAUCAAAGCUGAAGACAAGAAGAGUAAUGGUGUAUGGGACCCGUCCACAACAAACGACGUCAUGAAGAACAAUGGUAAUUGGGGCCCGUCCACAACAAACGACGUCGAGAAGAACAAUGGUAAUUGGGGCCCAUCCACAAGAAACGAUGUCGAGAAGAACAAUGGUAAUUGGGGCUCAUCCACAAGAAAGGACGUCCAGAAGAGCAAAGGUGUAUGGGGCUCGUUCACAACAAAUGAUGUCGAGAAGAUCAAUAAUGGUAAUUGGGGCCCAUCCACCAAAGCAGAAGACGAGAAGAGCAACGGUGUGUGGGACCCGUCCACAACGAACGACGUCCUGAAGAACAAUGGUAAUUGGGGCCCAUCCAACAAAGCUGAAGACCAGAAAAACAAUGAUAAUUCAGGCUCAUCCACAACAAACGACAUCCAGAAGAGAAGUCAUAAAUGGGGCCCAUCCACCAAAGCUGAUGACCAGAACCAUAAUGGUAAUUGGGCCUGGGGCUCAUCCACCAAAGCUGAGGACAAGAACCACAAUGGUAACUGGGCCUGGGGCUUAUUGGACAUCCAGAAGAGCCAUGCCGGAGCAUCCCACAUUGGCCAACACAACCACAAACAAGGAACCAUGUCGAACAUGGUGUUCUUAGAAGAGGCCAUCAAACCAGGAUCAACUAUCCCUUGUUACAUCCAACCAUCGGCCACCUUAGGAGCUCCUUUGUUACGGCGUGAUGUCGCCGACUCUAUCCCUAUGUCCACGGGGAACUUCAUCAAAAUUCUGACAAUGUUUGCACCAGCGUCCAACGACAUGGCUACCAAAAUAUGGUCGACGCUGGAUGAUUGCGAGCACCCCCGCGCUAUCAAGGGUGAGACGAAGGCAUGUGUCAGCUCUGUGGAGUCAAUGGUGGAGUUUGCUGCAUCCGUGCUUGGGGUUAGUACCUACAACCUCGCGGCCUUCUCCUCACCGCACGUGCCCGUGGAUGGCGUCAUGACAGGGAGGGGGUACAAAGUGGCGGCUGUAACGAGGGUCAGAGAGGCGGGGGACACCAUGACUUGCCAUCGUGGGAGAUUCCCGUUCGCUAUGUUCAUGUGCCACGCGGUGAAUCCCACCAGAGUGUACUCAGUGACGCUGGAGGGGGAGGACGUUGAUGCUGACGGCGCGGGGCAGAGGAUGGAGGUGAUUGCCGUGUGCCACCUGGACACGUCAGACUUCGACCCAGCUAAGAUGCCGUUGCACGUCAAGCCUGGAGAUGCUCCACUCUGCCACUUCAUCUCCAGGGACAGCAUUCUCUGGGCGCCUGCUACACCCGCUUCUGCUCACGCUGCUGCUUAGCUACAUGUGUAGCUACAUAAAUAAGAACAGUGUGUGCCUAUGUAAGGCGUAUGCAUGCAUGUCCAGAGCAGUCAUGCAUGCCUCCUGCGUGUGGCUACGUACCUACACGUAUGUGGUCUGAAUAAUUAUUUGUGUAGAGUGCUUGAUGUGGUGUAUGGUCGUGUGAGCGAGUAUCUUACAUAUAUAUAGUGUGUACCGAUGUAUAGGUGUUUGCAUGUAUGUCCACCGCAUCCUUGCAUGCCUCUCUGGCUUUUGUCUGCGUACUUGCACGUGCGAUAUGUGGUCUUAGUUAUUUGUG